CUUCUCUUCAGCAAUCCUGAUUACAUAAACAAUAAGAAAAGAAAACCUUAAAAUUUUGUGUAUCCUCUUUCACAAAAACAGUUUCUUUAUUUUGCUAAACUCAACCCAUCAUGUCUUUCUCAGCCAAAUUGCCUUUGGUUCUUUUACUUUCUUCCCUCUUCAUCCAUGCAUCUUUUGCUGAGAUGGUAUGUGAGGACUUGCCAAAGGAGGUGUGUGCUUUCUCAGUGGCUUCAUCAGGGAAGAGAUGCUUGUUGGAGACGGAGAAGGGCGCCGAUGGUGGCGUCGAGUACCAAUGCAGAACAUCUGAAGUGGUGGUUGAGAGGAUGGCAGAGUACAUAGAAACAGACCAGUGUGUGGAGUCAUGUGGUGUUGAUAGGAGCUCUGUUGGGAUUUCUUCUGAUGCUUUCUUUGAGCCACAGUUCACUGGCAAGCUUUGCUCCCCUGCUUGCUACCAGAAGUGCCCCAACAUUGUUGAUCUUUACUUCAAUUUGGCUGCUGGAGAGGGUGUAUUUUUGCCAGAAUUGUGUGAGAAGCACAGAAGCAACCCCCAUCGUGCCAUGGUUGAGCUUGUAAGCUUUGGAGCUGCCCCUGGCCCUGUUUCUGAUGUUUCAUCAGAGGACAUUGUGUCGGCACCAGCCCCUGCCCCUGAAAUCUUCGCUUAAUAGCAUGUUUGGAUUAAUUUCUCUUUCCUCAUAAUCAAUUCUAGCAUCCAGGAAGCUGCUUGUAUUCCCGGAAUUGAUUUUGGCUACAGAAUGUAGAAGAAUUUUCAAAUCAUUAUUAUAUGCAUAUUACUGUAUUAGAGGAUACAAAGGGAAUAUAUAUGUGUUCAUUUUUACGGGUUGGGUUGUAUAAUCAAGAUUGAGUUGGGAACGGUGUUGAAUAUUCAUUUGUAGCUUAUGUUGUUCUAUAAAUUUCUUAGAUUUCGGAUU